GCGCCGCCGUAAAGCCUUGUGGGUAGGUUAGCAGCGUCCUUGUCCACCAAGCGCACACGGAUUGGCUUCGCGCUCGGGUUUUGGGGGGUGUCUGUCAUUCACUAGUACUUGAACUAAAUUGGAAUUGUCCAACAUGAUGGCAGCAAGAUUUCUCCGCCGUUCUCUCCCCGUACUGAGGCAAGCGCGCUGUUACGCCGAGGCUGUCUCUGGUGCCCCGCAGAUGUCCUUCACUUUCGCCUCCCCGACGCAGGUGUUCUUCAAAGAGGCCAGUGUGAAGCAGGUGGACGUGCCCACACUGACUGGCGCGUUUGGUAUCCUCCCUGCCCACGUACCCACCUUGCAGGUCCUGCGGCCCGGCGUUGUCACGGUGUUCAGCGACGACGGCGCCGCUGCUAAAUACUUUGUUAGCAGCGGGUCCGUAACAGUCAAUGCCGAUUCUUCAGUGCAGCUGCUUGCUGAGGAGGCUGUACCGCUGGACCAGCUGGACAUAGCUGCUGCCAAGGCCAACCUGGAGAAGGCUCAAGCUGACCUGGCAGGUACAUCCGAUGAAGUGGCAAGGGCAGAAGUUCAGGUCAGCAUCGACGCCAACGAGGCCAUCGUCAAGGCGUUGGAGUAGACAUCCCCUGGGCUUCCAUGGGUGAGCUGGAACCUAACUCCAGGCGGGAGGCGGAAGAAACCCAUGCAAGCACGGAGAGAAUAUGAAAACUCCACAAAGGAAGGCAGGAGCCUGGAUUCAAACCCUGAACCUCAAUGACUGUGAGGCAGAUACAGUGAAGAAAAUAAGUAUUUGAACACCCGGGUACAUUGCAAAUUCUCCCACUUAGAAAUCGUGGGGGGGUCUGAAAUUUUCAUCGUAGGUGCUAACCACUCCAUGUAUUAUCCUGAAUCCGAUGCACCUGCGUGAGGUCAUUAGCUGCGUAAAGACACCUCUCCACCCCAUACAAUCAGUAAGACUCAAAGUUAUAACAUGGCUGAGACCAAAGAGCUGUCCAAAGACACCAGAGACAAAAUUGUACAACUCCACACGGCUGGAAAGGGCUACCGAGACAUUGCCAAGCAGCUUGGUGAAAAGAACACUGUCCCUACUGUGAAAUAUGGGCGUGGUAGCAUCAUGCUUUGGGGGUGUUUUUCUGCACAUGGCACAGGACGACUGGACUAUAUUAAGGAAAGGAUGACCGCGGCCAUGUAUUGUGAGAUUUUGGGGAACAACCUCUUUCCCUUGGUCAGAGCAUUGAAGAUGGGUCGUGGCUGGGUCUCUCAACAUGACAAUGACCCGAAGCACACAGCCAGGAAAACCAAAGAGUGACUCCGUAAGAAGCAUAUCAAGGUUCUGGCGUGGCCUAGCCAGUCUCCAGACCUAAACCCAAUAGAAAAUCUUUGGAGGGAGCUGAAACCCUGGGUUUCUCAGCGACAGCCCAGAAAUCUGUCUGAUCGAGAUCUGUGUGGAGGAGUGGGCCAAAAUCCCUCCUGCAGUGUGUGCAAACCUGGUGAACAACUACAGGAAAAGUUUCACCUCUGUAAUUGCAAACAAAGGCCACUGUACCAAAUAUUCACAUUGGUUUUCUUGGGUGUUCAAAUACUUAUUUGCAGCUGUAUCACACAAAUAAAUCAUUAAAAAAAAUCAUACAUUGUGAUUUGUGGAUUUUUCUUUUUGGAUUAUCUCUCUCACAGUGGACAUGCACCCAAGAUGAAAAUUUCAGACCCGUCCAUGAUUUCUGAGUGGGAGAACUUGCAAUGUAGCAGGGUGUUCAAAUACUUAUUUGCUUCAUUGUAAAUUAACCACAUGGUCACCAUGAUUCCCAGCUUUUUUUUUUCAUUUCCACUGAAAGUACUAAAUGUACUCUCGCUUUUCCAAGUUAAUAGUGUAUACAGAUGUACGCAACAAAAAUAUAAUAAAUAGAAGUGGUAAAUAUAAAUACAAUUAAUUUUUCAAUGAAAUGUAUGUAAAAUGUGUACAGCCAGGUUUGUUUUCAUUUUAAUGUUUGUUUCUGGAGUUACUUGAGGCAAACAUAAUUUCUUUCUUGGCUUUGCUGAGUAGUAAAGUCAAUAUUAAAGUCAAUUUUCAUGUCA